AUGGCGUUGCAGGUUUUGCGGGAGGUGGCAUCCUCUAUCAGGAACAGUGUCUUCUUCUCAAUCUUAGCGGGUGAAUGCACAGACAUCUCAAAUAAAGAGCAAUUAACGCUUUUCCUCAGGUGGAUUGAUGAUGAGCUGGAACCACUUGAAGAGUUCAUAGGAUUCUACCACAUACCAAACAUAACGGCAGACACGAUCGUGACAGUCAUCAAGGAUGCAAUCGUUCGAAUGAAUUUGGCGUUGUACAAUUGUCGCGGCCAGUGGUAUGAUGGCGGUGGCCCAAUGGCUGGUUCAAGAAAAGGGGUUGCUCAUCAGAUACUUAAAGAGGCCCCAAAGGCACAUCUUACACAUUGCCAUGGACACGCCUUGAAUUUGGCCGUAAGUGACGCAACGAAAGGGUCAAAGAUGCUUUCAGAUGCCUUGGACGUUACGUACGAAAUUUGCAAACUGAUCAAGUCUUCACCAAAGCGUCACGGUUUCCUUGAGGAAAUAAAAGAUGACAGCAACAUGGAGGCAGCGGGUUUGAAGGUCAUUUGUCCAACUCGUUGGACGAUACGUGGACAAAGCUUCGAUCGUAUCAUCGCCAAUUAUGAAGCCCUUCUGUUAGAAUGGGACGCUUGUCUUGAAGAACGCCUAGACUCAGAUGAGAGCCAGAAUAAUAGGUGUCAAGUCACAGAUGGAGACAUUUGGCUAUCUUUUUGCCCUUCAUUUGGGUGUCAAUGUCUAUUCAUUGACUGACAACUUGUCUAAGACAUUGCAAAAGACACGCAUGUCGGCAUCGCAAGGUCAGCGCAAUGCUAACAUGACGGCGGAGGUUUUGGAAAAGAUGCGGACUGAUGACAAGUUUGACAAGCUUUACCAAGAUGUACUUCGGAAGUCAACGGAGCUUAACAUAUCUGAACCUCAGUUGCCAAGACAUCGAAGAGCUCCGAAGCAUUUUGAAUUGGGAAGUGAGGAACCAUCUUCCCUGUCUUCACCUAAAGACUACUACAAGAGACUGUACUUUGAAGUUUUAGACUUGGCCAUCCAUGCAAUUUACUGUCGAUUUGAUCAGCCCGGUUUCAAAGCAUAUCGUCAAAUGGAAGAGCUUCUUCUUAAAUCUCUUCGAGGAGAGGAUACCCCAGAUGAGAUCGAGUACUUGAUGCAUAACUAUGCUGACGACGUGGAUAUUCUAGCUUUGAAGGCUCAACUGUCUCUCUUGAGCAUGUUGUUAAACUCUGACAACCAUCAAUUUGACUGUUUCAACGACAUUUACACGGUCGUGAAACAGCUUGAUGAAGCUCAAAAAUGUCUUAUCUCGGAAGUGGCCGUCUUGAUCAAACUCAUUCUCGUCAAUCCUUUGGCCCAUGCUGUCGGAGAGAGGUCUUUCUCGACGGCGAGACGGUUAAAGACAUGGCUGAGAUCCACAAUGAGCCAGUGCCGUUUCAACAACUUGGCAAUUCUUCAUGUCCACAAAGAACGCACGUCCUUGUUAGACUUAGUCACAGUGGCAAAUGAGUUUGUUUUGAAAAACGACAAUAGGUGGAGGAAACUUGGUGUAUUCACCCAACGAGACUUCGGGAAAACAUGUCCUUUCGUCAAAACUUGGACCUUAACACACUUCAAAUCCCUCCGAAGAAGAAUUGCAGAAUUAUCAAUCCAAAUGCCCAGCCUGGCAUAGCUAGAGCUCACCUUGAAGUGAAUUUCUCUGUCUUGCCCGAGUCUAAGAGAGAUCUUAAAAAUGGGCACCUCUUGUACUUGUACACCUCGUUUGGUAAAAGUCUGUCUGAAACUGAGAGACGGCUGAGUUCACAUUUCUCUUUGUCGGAUGCAGAAGGCUAUUCAUUUGUUGCUGUUAAUUCAAGGGUGAGGAGUCUUGUUAACCGGAGGACUUUGCUUAAGUUUAAAAAACUCUGCAAUCCCAAGGAACUUGGAAAAUUUACGAAAAUUUGUGAUGGAACUUUUAAACUUCCAACAGGCAGUCAACACAUUUUUUUAGAUGACAUUCCACUGCCUGGUGCUCAAGAUCCUGAAUCCUUGACAUCUGUCGAAAUCCAAGUGCCCAUAUUUCAAGACACUGAGGACAUGGGUGAUGACAGUCAUAGUCUGCAUCCUCCACUGAAUCUAGCAACGCCAACUGACAGCUGCUGCCUCACCUGAACCAAUGCUAUCGACAUCUAGUGUUUCAACAAGAUGUAGCACGGAACUUCUAAGUCUCACACUAAGGGAACAGAAAAUGAAGAAAAGACUAAACUUUCUGUCUACAUCCAAGGUCGCUCUUGCACUAAAGUAUCGCACAAAGAUCAGUGAACUUAGGGCACAGUUGAAAACUCUUAAACGUGUAGUUAAUCAAGCCUUAAAGAGAAAGCAAAACCCAAUAGAUUUGAAGGACAGAAAGAUUCAGGAACUCAAAACCAAAUUACGUGGGACUACUUUGGCACGAGAGCUUGCUGAAACCAAGGCAGAGUUUUUGAAACUUAAAAAAGCACACAGACAAUUGCUCAAGUUUCAUGGCAGUAAG